AUGCGCCGUGGACUAAUCCUCAUCGGCCUCCUCGCUGCUGUCGGCAUAACACAUGCAUUCACUAACGAGGAGCAAUUCCGGCUGAGCCAUUCUAGGUACGAGAAGCUGUAUGACUCUUCUGGCCCAAACGUUCCAAAACAUUCGGACUGGAGGACAACCAUUGUGCCUCCGCCUCCAGAGCGGGAACCUAUCACCGUGACCGAGCUUCCCUUACCUCCCGUCACAGCGGACGAGGGCCCUGGGGGGUGCACCUUGGAUAUAAACCCAAACGAAACCGGAUGUAUUGGCAAAUCCCCCACUCUCCAAAACGGAAACUUCCUGCCUGAUAAUCUUCACGUCGUAGCGUCAGUGAACUUUACCGGGGCUCCCAACGCCCCAGCCCCAGCCAGCAUAUACAGUGGAUUGCAGUUAAUCAUCGUCAAGGUCGAUGGUACCACGUUCCCGAACGGAGACGCGUGGAAGUGCGUUACUUGCGGCGUCCCGGCAGAGAAUCAGUUGGGGCGUAACGAACUGCUCGAUUACCCUCAAACCUUCAACGACGGCCAACGUGUGCUGGCUGGUACUCACAUCAUCGAGUGUUCUGCCCAGCUCGCGAGUGAAGCCUGCACACCCGAGCACGUCCACAUCUACCCUAUCCGCUGGAACACGGCCGUUGAUGGAUCGGGUCCAGGCGGCCGGAUCCGAGAACUGCGUAUUCAUCCUGGCGACGAGCAUAUUGGCUUCAAUUCAUUCACGAUUACAUCUGGCAAGAUCGGCCAAUUCGGAUACAUCGGAAGACUAUCCUUCAAUCCUUCGCCCACCACUGGCGAGCCACUUGCUCCUCGCUAUGACCUGAUUAACGUCAAUGUCUUGUUCAAUCCGGACGCCAAGAAACCUAUCGAGGUCGAUCAUGAAGACAGCAGUCAACUCCGCAUAAACUAUGAUGCCAUCACUGUUGGAGAGUUGCGCGGCUUCAGUGGCACGGGAAACGAAGUCACAUACAUCGGAUAUCCAGCCGAGUCGUCCAACAUUGAUGUCUUCGCUGUUCAUCUUACCACUGGGAAAGUACGGCGGCUCACUGCUCAUCCAGAGUAUGUUGAUCCCGUCGACAUAUCGCCUGACGACCAAUGGACAGUCGUGAUGGACACACGCGGCACUGGCAGGCAGAUGUUCUUGGCCGGAUUACGGGGCAUCCCACCUCUGACAGACUUAGUAGCCGCCAGUGCUGUCUCUUCAACAAGGAACAAUGGCAAGCGGCGAUUCUUUCAGCCGUGGUUGAUCGACAUUCACGGUGACCGAGGCUCCUACUUUGGACAGCAGAUAAACGCGGAAGGAAGCGGCAUCCCCGGCAGCGGUGCCGUCAACGACCCAGAGUGGAACGGCCGCGCUGAUCCGAAAUGGUCUAAUGACGGGAUGCGAAUCGUUUACUACCAGGCACUGACCACGCCUCCGGCCUGCGGCGGGGAAAACCCCUUGCCCUGCUACCCGUCUACAGCACCCGGAGGCCGCAUCGAGCGCAUGAUGAUAGCUCACCUUGCAAGCCGGCAACCGCUUUCGCCGGUCUCUGUCAAGCCGCUUAAUGAUACCAUCCCUUGGGCAACCUUGUACGCUCCUGGAAGCCAAGUCCCGGAAAGACCGUUUCCUGCGCUUGGAAACUUUACGCUCAAGGGUAGGGUUGGUGGAUGGGCGCACAUCAUGAUAACUCCAAACAGCGACGACGGCCAGCUUCCAGGAACUGUCGCGGUGGAGUAUCACAAUUUCUCCGAUGAUGGUCUUAAUGUGCUUGCUGGAACGGAGGCGGUGACGGUAGUGAACCCUACCCCGACCCUGGAGGAUGUUUACUGGUUCUCCGACCUGAUCCAGACUGGACCGAACAACGGCACUAAGAAAACCAGCGUGGGCGGCUUCCAUCUGAACGUUGAUAUAAUGACGAAUAUUUUCCAGGCUAAAGGCACGUUGAAUACAACGAUUAAUGGCAAGGAAUGGGUCCAGCCGGCGAAUGGUACGUAG